AUGGGGAAGGUGUCCUUUAGAUUCACCAUGAGGGGUCUUGACCAGGACAUGAAACACCACAGGUCCGUAUAUAUGUCCAGGAAAGGGAGUGGAGUUACUAAUUCUUUUGCUUAUAACGUGUAUGGGUUUGUACUAGCACUACAAGUGUGGAGCUAUGAGAUCAUUCAAAACUUGGUCCCUAAAUUCGCCACAAGGAAAGACGUUGAUGGCCCUUUUCGCCCAAGGAUACUGUUGUAUCAAUCGAAAAGGAAGAAUACAUUUCAGGAGAUGCAAUCUGCCUUUAACAGCGCUGUGUUUUCUAAGAUGGAAGACAAAGCAGCCAUCAAGCGUCGUAGCCUGCGUAACAUGAGUCCCCCAUCCGCAACUUCAACACCUCCAUCAUCACUUGCACGUGAACCGGCACCGGCAUCUCAUGUUCAGAUAAAGGAUGCCGAAAAGAAGAUUGAGAAUGAGAAUGUUGAGGAUGAGAAUGUUGUCGAUAACGUUAUUCAUGAGGCUGUUGUCGAGAAUGAGAAUGUUGUCGAGAAAGAGGCCGUUGUGGAGAAUGAGAAAGAAGAAAAAAAGGUGGGGAAGAAGGUUGGGAAGAAGAAAGACGAAAAUGACGAAGAACUGGAAAUAGUGAAUACUCCUCCUCCUCUUCCUAAGAAAGUCAUAUUGGUCACGAGAAGGAAUAGGAGGCCGAAGAAUGAUCCAGAUUUCACCGACCCCAAUCUGAAACAGCCCAAGUUAAAAGAUCCUAUCACCGUCAAUCCACUUCUAAAAUAUGACGAUCAACUUCUUCAUCAAUUGCAAACAUGGCUUAAAGAUCCAAAAACUGACAACAAAAAAAUUGAGCUCCAUACUAUAUUAGGUGAUAAGGCAUUAUUUCGCCGAAUGCUAAAAAGGUUCACCUGGCUGACUGAUGAUGAAAUCGAUGCAGGUUGCUUCAUUCUGAGAAGAAGAGCUUGGGUAUAUCCAAAGACAUAUAAGAAGAACUUCUUUAUUGGAGAUUGUUGGCUCCACACCAGGUUCACUGCUGAGUACGCUGCGUUUAAGAAAAGUCAUAUUGAGUUUGACAUUGAAACCUUUUUCGAAUACUUCUUGGGCGAUGAAAGCAACUAUAGGAAUAGUUGGAAAGUAUGCGAUGAUAUAUAUAUUCCUUUGAACAUCAAAGACGUCCACUGGAUACUUUGUGUUGUCCGUCUACAGCAAUGGCGCGUAGACGUAUAUGACUGCGAUCCUGGAUGUUAUGCUAAUCUUGAUGAGUUUGUGCUACCGAUGUGCCAAAUGAUUCCGGUUAUAUUUGACAAGGCAUUGCCUUUUGAAGAUAAACAAAGAUUUCCUCUGCUCAACCCUGAUUCCGUUUUGCCAUACACAAGACUUCCAGAGUCAGAAGUUCCCAAAGCAACUAAGAGUGGAGAUUGUGGUGUAUUUGUACUAAUGUAUAUUGAGUACUUGACUGCAGGUCUGAAUCUAGCAGAAGUGACCUCAAAUGAGAUGAAAGUUUGGAGAGAAAAGUGGGCAGUGAGGUUAUUUCAUGGACUUGUAGAUCCAUAG